AUGACGAAAAUAUGGUUGUUCAUGAUUUCUAUGCUACUUUAUCGACUUGUUGAAGGAAUCGUCAAACUUGAGAACAACAAAUAUACUGGAAUUGUCAUAGCGAUCAAUCCAAGUGUAUCCGAAGAUCAUGACUUGAUAGAUUCAAUAAUAGAAUCUUGGACAGAGGCAUCCAGUGCGCUAUUCACAGCAACCAAAAAUCGUGCAUAUAUUGGCGAAGUAACAAUUCUUCUGCCAAGCAAUUGGACAUAUUCAUCUGCGGAACUAGCUGGGAAUGAGACAUAUGACAAAGCCGAUGCUAUAAUAGCGAAAGAGAAUCCGAGCUAUGGAGAUGCACCAUAUACACUCCAAUUGGGAGGUUGUGGACAACCUGGAUCAUAUAUUCAUUUCACUCCAAAUUAUUUUCUGGAUGAUAGCAUGAUAACAAACUAUGGACCAAGAGAAAAAGUGAUAGUACACGAAUGGGCGCACUACAGAUGGGGCGUUUUUGAUGAAACAUCGGAAACCGAUCCAUUUUACAUCGAUCCUGAUGAUGAUGCAAAUGUAUUGUGCGACCCACAAGAUUAUAAUAAUUGCCAAACCAAAACUCAAUGUCCACGAGCAAUCAAAAUUUGCUGCACAGAAGACCCAAACCCAAGUUUGAAAUGUGACGACGAGGAAUUAGAUAUUGGCAGACCGACAACCUGUAACACUGACUCGACUACGGGAUUGUUUACACAAGACUGCGUAUGCUAUGCAUCGGACUCAGAUGGAGUGUUUAACGCAUCACUAAUGUCCUACCAAUAUAUAGAACCGAUCGUGUCUUUUUGCGAGGAUGGUAACGGCCGAAAUUUCCACAAUGCCGAUGCGCCGAAUGAUCAGAAUCGAUUGUGCAACAGAAAGAGUACAUGGACCGUUAUAAUGGAAUCAAACGACUUCACAAGUGGGAAUUCUCCUGUUUCAAUUCCUGAUACAACACCAAAAUUCAAUAUUAAACGUGCCGAAGGCUACCGAAGAUUUGUUUUGGUAAUGGAUGUUUCAGGCAGCAUGUCGACGGCUGACGCAAGUACCGGCCAAACGAGAAUACAACAAAUAUCUACAUCUGCAAAUUAUUUUAUCACAAGUGUGCCGAACGGAUCGUAUGUCGGAAUAGUAACAUUUGAAUCGACAUCAUCUAUUAUAAGCUCAUUAGUGAAAUUAGAAACACCGGAAGAACGAAAAAACUUGGCUGCAAAGUUGCCCGUCUAUGCAUCCGGGGGUACAUGUAUAGGAUGUGGGAUUCAAAGAGGAAUUGAGGUACUUGAGAAUUAUGGACCACCAGAAGGGGGGCAACUAAUCGUUAUGACGGAUGGAGAAGAAACUACUUACCCCUUUGUAAGGGACGUUCGAGACGAGGUGCUAGAUAAGACGGUGGUUGUUCAAUCUUUGAUCGUGUAUACAGUUGAAAACGCAGAUCUUGUUUCUCUUUCGGAAGAUAGCGGUGGCCAAUGGUUUUUCGCAGGAUCAAACGAUUUGCAGGCGUUUGUAGAAUCCUAUAAUCAAAUGCUUGAUCCAACCGACGGGGAUGACACAAAGAAAACACUGCAGUUGAUGAGCGAAACAUUCAUUGUUGAUAAUGUGAAUGAUGAAUACACCACAUCUGUUUAUAUUGAUGACACAAUUGGAAACAAUACUGUCUUUACCUAUACUUGGUCUUACGGAGGCGAAGCUGAACGCCCUAUAAUAGAAUUGAUCCCAUUUUCGGGAUGUAUUUAUACCACUGAAGACACGAAGGAAAUAUACCAUUGCAGCGAAAACCCGACAAUAUCUGAAGGAUAUAAAACAAUUCGAUUUGAAAUCCCGGGAACAGCUCAGACCGGCUCAUGGGAAAGUCGUGUUAAAAAAAGAACUUCCAACAGCCAGACCGUUGUUGUAUUUGUUACCUCGAUGGCUGCAGACAAAGACACUCCGCCAAUUAUGGUUGCAUCUGUAUUGAGUCAAAAGAAUUACUGUCCUUUAGUAUACGCAACGGUAACACAAGGACUCAAUCCAGUACUCGGGGCCCAUGUCGAGGCAGCGCUCGCUAAAGAAGGCGAAGGUUCUUCGACGUAUGACUUAUAUGACAACGGAGCUGAACCUGACAUUCGUAGGAACGAUGGCGUGUAUUCCAGAUACUUGUGUACAGGAAGCAUACAUGGGAGAUAUUCAGUUAAGGUUAAAGUAUAUUCAAAAUCGGAUGGUUCGGUCGUUGAAAGUUCUGUCAGACACUCUAGAGCAACUUAUAAUCCAGGUGUCAUUGAUGAGAACGGAAAUCUUGUCCCCAAUCCCAAUGGACCGACAUUAUUACCAAGAAAUGUAACAUUUGGAAUCGACUCAUCACGGUUGGGAAACUUCAGUCGACAAAUUUCACCAGGCGCUUUUGAAUACACACCGCCGACACCGCCACCUACGGGUGGAGGGACUACAUCAUCGGAUAUGUUCUCUCCGAGUAAAGUAUUUGACUUGAAAGCAGCACAGAACGAUUUCACGAACUAUACAAAAGGAAUUGUUUUAACUUUUACUGCACCGGGAGAUGAUUUUGACAGUGGGAAAGCCUCAAAAUACGAAAUUCGAUAUAAUUCCGAAGAUAUGAAUGCUUUGCUCAGCAGUUUUGAGUCUAAUGCAGAGAUAUACCAAGACACUGUAACCGAGGGAAACAUUUCUGAUCCUUCUAUGGCUGGUACUAUUGAACGAAUUGUGAUCAAUGUAAAAAAUUAUACCAAUCAUAAUAUUUUCAGCAUUGGAUAUGCCAUUCGAGCAACGGACAAGGCCGGAAAUCAAGCUGAUAUUUCUAACGUCGCUAUCAUAAGAUAUUACUUCGAACCUCCAAAAUUUGCCCUACCACCAGAUACAACUUCCAGUCCAUAUGAGUCGACUUUAGCUUCCACCAAUGAAACUUCGACUAUAGAUUCAAGCACCGAAGCUAGAACUGAGGCCUCAACAACUACGAAACUACCAACUGUGUUGAGUACAAAGCUCACACCGUUUUCAACAGAAAAGCCGAGCAAAAGAAAUUUAUACAUUGGGAUUGGAAUUUUGCUGUUAGUACUUGUUGCAUCGUUGGGAACUGCGGUAUCUAUUCUUAUUUGUUGGCUUUGCUGUGGAAAUAAAUCUUCAAGCAAAUCUUCAAAGCCCAACCGAUCUAAGCCGGAUCGUGAAACAAUAGAAAAUCCGUAUGCAGAUGCUUUUGAAAUGAGGAAUAUGGAAAACGGCACGAGCAAACAAUAUGGACAGUAUCAUCACAAGAGUACUGCGAUACCUAGACCAAGCUCAUUAUAUGCAUGAAUUCAAUUUAUAUUGUCUGUAUUCGUAUACCACGCCAAUCUGAACGAACGCAUUUAUUAUCCGCAAUUAUGCGGAUUAUUUGUUUAAAAUGGUAUUCGUUAUUUCUCCUGCUUAAA